AUGAUGUUCGCUCUCAAACUUUCCAUAUGCAGCUUCAUUUUGUACUCCUGGCAAUAUCCCGAACACGUACGACACAAUAAUGAACGCUUGCGUAGAAUGGGCAUUUACAUCUAUGAUUAUGACGCGAAUGAAUUCGGCACAUCAUGGAAACAUUCGGCCGAGCAACAGGACAUUCUCGGCGUCAGAAUGAGUAGAUUGCUGACGGUCGAGUUGGAUAUGCAAGCACCAGCACCAAAUAAUACAUUACUGCUCAGUCCUGGUAAGGGUCAUGAUAAAAAACUCGCAUCCGGGCAAAAGCCAGGAAAGUCCGGUAAACCAACAACGAAUGUUGCAUCAGAAGGAUCGUUACCGCAGUCACCACAGACUGAAGUACAAAGUGAACAGAAGGAAAAGAAGGCACAAGGAACUGAAGUGAAGAAUGGAACGGAUAAACAAACACCAGAGCAAAAUAAAGCACCCGCGACUCCUAGUGCAGGCCCAGUGAAGGCAACUGCGACGGGCACAGAUUCCGGAAAAUCGAAGCCCAAAGAUGGAUCAGAGGGGUUAGUAGUAGCUUCAGAAAAGAAGGCACAAAUUAAAGAAACGAGCGAGAAAACUAGGGGACUUUGUAGUACACUAGCGCGAACUAUAUGCAGGAAUAAAUGUCACGGGGAGCAUAGGACUCAUGCUCCUCAUCAUGCUCAUUCGUUUCUACUACCGAAGGGGAAAAGCAAAAGUCCAGAAGAAACCUUUGACAGACAAAAUUACAUCAGAGGGAGAGAAGCAGCCUGA